AUGGCGGGCCCGGGACCGGGGCUGAGCGAGCGGGAGCGGGCGGGAUGCCGGGCCCUGCUGGAGCUGCUGAGCACCGAGGAGCUGGUGGCGCUCACCGACACCGUCACCAGCCGCAUGGUGCACCCGGAGAGCCGGCAAGAAGCCAUUCACGCCAUCCUGGUUUACAGCCAGAACGUGGAAGAGCUUCUGAGACGCAGGAAAGUCUACCGAGAAAUAAUCUUCAAGUAUUUGGCAGCGCAGGGGAUUCCAGCCCCUCCUUCCUUGGAGAAACACCUGCUCAUUGACCGCGUGAGGCAGUUCUGGAGUGGGCAGCUCUCGGCUCGAGCCCCGGAGUCGGGGCAGACAAAACCCCACGCGGAGGGUCACGGGGAGGGAGGGAAGUCACCGCAGGACGACAUCGGUGGCCUGGGAGGCCAGUUCUGCCGGUGGUACUUCGAACUCCUGAACUCCCAGCACCCCUUGGGAGUAAAAUCUGAGGAAACCUGGGGGCCGCAGCACUUCUGGGAGGACGCCAGGAUGAAGUUCUGCUACAACACCCUGGAGAAGAACGUGGAGCAGUACGUCGGGGCGGACAUGGUGAGCCUGCGGCUGCUCUCCUUGGUGAGGGAGGAGUGCCUGCUCUUCAACCCCAACCUGCACGGCAACGGCCUGAAAUUCGCCAUGUCCCCUCACGGCCUGGUGCUGGUGGCGGUGGCCGGCACGGUGCACAGGGACAACGCCUGCCUGGGCAUCUUUGAGCAGAUCUUUGGGCUCAUCAGCUGCCCCCUCAGGAACAACACCUGGAAAAUCAAAGUGGUGGAUCUCAAAAUAGUGGGGCGGGACGCUCUGGAGCCGGGGAUGCAGAUGGAGAGACCCUCCAUAAAAUACGAGCCAAACCAGCUGAGGGAGUUCUACGAUGGGAAGGAACUGACCGUGUUCGAACCUCAGAACUUCUGAGGUUCUCAGAAGUUUUCUCACUCCGGGUGAGGGGUGGGUGAUUGCACCCUUCUCUGAGUAAGGUUUUCUGAGAUACAAAGUCUAAGGUUUUAACACAGGGGAGGCUUGUGGGCACCUUUCCAAGAGCUGUCACAUAUUUCAGGUUUUGCACUGGAGAGUGGAGUUUAACUUGGUUAUUCCUGCUGCAAAACGUGGUUAGCGUUUCACUGUGGGCUGGCAGGAGUAUGGGAUGGAUGACCUGGAGUUCACGAACUGCACAUUCCCCUCUCGUCAGGACACCAGUUUAAACCCUCACCUGAGAUGGAGUAGGAAGUCCUUGCACUUGACUUUGGGACUUUGGGAUGGGCAGGUGUCGAGGAAUGGACAUCUGAAGUCGCAAGAAGCUUUUGGAGAGGGCAGACAAAAUUCUGUGGGUAGAGGGACGGAGUCAGCUUGCCAUUAACGCUCUGAAUGUGGUUUAAUGGGACAUUGCAGGGAAUUUAACACUGUUGAAGCCUUUUUUGGUUUGCCUUUGGAUGAAUAACUUCCUUUCCUUUUACCCUGUGGUUCCAACUUCACCACGAACACAGACAAAGUGUUGUUCUGUGUCCCCAAACAGACAGGGUCGGGAUGGUUGCCCAGGCACCCAUUUCUAGCCCUGGCUCUCUUGGAUCAAAUAGUUCAUUCCAUAACUUGGCAGCAGCACUGUAUGAACCAAAUGCUCUGACAGUUGUUUUGUAUGUAAUUAUAACAGAGUUCUUUAUAUAAUAGUUGUGAUUUUUGUACGUUUCCUCAGAAAUAAGUAUUUUGGGUACUCUGAGCUGCUUUAUUCCAUUGACUGCAAGUCAGUUUGUUAACACUGGUUACAACAAUAGGUCCUACUAAGAAAAAUAUCCAAAUACUACUAAAUAAUUGAAAUUAUUGCAAUUAUAGAACUUGAUUUUGUUUUUUACUUUAUUUAUUUCUAAGGGAUUAGAGGUGAAACAAAGUGGAAACGCCUCUUUCUGCACCUUAUUUGGGUUGUUUGUGAGUUCUGCUUUAAUUUUUUAGCUUCACCAGUUCAAGUUGUGAAAAUGGAAACAUUCCCCAGAAGAUACAAAACCAAAAGAACUGUUCCCACGUUUGUCAAAGAGGACAAAUGGUAAAGUGUGGGUGGGUGGGGGAAACAAGAAGAGUCAGGUAUGCACAGAACUGAUUUUUAUGAGCAGUCUGGAUCUUGGUUUCUCCUUAGAAUUUUCUAAAAUACUUUCUAAGCUAAAGUUCAAACACUGUGUUGGAAUGUUCUUUGCCAAUAAACAGCUGAGCUGCAGCUUCUUCAGCUACUGAUGUGUAAUAAUUAAAAAUCAACCAAAAUUUAAAAUUCAGGAGAAGAGUUUUCCUUUUAUGUGUUGAAAUUUGCAGUGGUCAAGUUCUGUUAAAAGAGGAAUAGAGGCCUUCAGUAAAGACAUCAACAACCAUAGAAUUUGGCUUUUAGCCCGUGCAAUGUCCUUCAGUAUUCAAAGAAUCUUGGUUUUGAAGACUUACGGCAGUUUGAAAGUUUUCUCUAUCUCCUUUUCUCUCCUCCUCUUCUCUCUCCUCCUCUUCUCUCUCCUCCUCUUCUCUCUCCUCCUCUUCUCUCUCCUCCUCUUCUCUCUCCUCCUCUUCUCUCUCCUCCUCUUCUCUCUCCUCCUCUUCUCUCUCCUCCUCUUCUCUCUCCUCCUCUUCUCUCUCUCUCUCUCUCCUCCUCUUCUCUCUCCUCCUCUUCUCUCUCCUCCUCUUCUCUCUCCUCCUCUUCUCUCUCCUCCUCUUCUCUCUCCUCCUCUUCUCUCUCCUCCUCUCUCCUCAUAGCCUGUGGGUGACAUCUGGUGGCAGGUUCAUCGCUUGCCUGGAGCUGAAGGCAGUUCCUCAGCCCUUGAUAAGCAUCUGCAAGGAUGCUUUAAAGAUAUCAGCCCCUCGAGGGGAAGGCAAGCUGAGACGUUCAGGAUACCCGUUGUUCUAGGGCUGUGAUGAAGUAGCUUCCUGGCAACAAAAUUUCAGGUGACUUGUGAACAGAUGCAUUUCUUUUGGCAUCUCCUUUGCUGUUUUUUUGUCCUAGCUCUGCUGACUGGGAUCCUUAAGGCACCAUAGUUGCUUUUUCUCAGUGUUGCUCAUAAUUGCAAAUUUUAAUCACCUUUUAGAGAUGAACCUUCAUCCAGAGGUGUCUGCAUCAUGCUGUGUUCCAAGUGUACCUUUUUUUCCCCCACCCCAGGUUCUUCCCCAGUUCUAAUUAUACAAAUGCAAAGGAAACAACCAAAUAUAUUAAAAAUUAUAUUUGAACAGAGAUGCUGGACGUGCCCAGCCCAUCCUAUUUUGUAUGGAGUAGGAUGAAAACUAAGAAACUUGCUUUGAUAAAUUUACAGAUAGAACAGUAACCAGCAUUUAUUGGGUUUGUUGCCAGUAGUAAUUGCCCUAACAGAGGCUCUUUAGAGAUGUGGAUGAGAACAUUUUCAAUGGAAAAUUAUUGCAAGGGUCCACUGAAGCAGCCUGGCUAACUCCAAGUAAUCCCAAAGUGCCAAACCGUGGGUUUGGAAUUAGCAAAGCGAAAAUCCUUGGAGCAAAGGGGUGAGGCAGUCAGUCUGCAGGACCACCAUGCAGCCAGCUGGCAGCAACCUAUCCCCUCCACCC